AUGACCCAAGAAAUCACCGAAUCAAAGGAUGAGACACCCAAGCCGGUCUUUGGGGCCUCUGGGCGCCAAAUAGUCUACGACAAAGAUGGAAAACCAUGCCGCACCUGUAACACUCUCUUAGACUUCCAAAUGGUGUCUGGUAAGAGUAAAGUACCAUCUAAGACCGAGGAAAAGAUUAAGAAAACCGAAAAUCCUGCUUCCACUUAUAAACAAGAUGAUCCGCCGGAUGUAGAGAAACUAGGAAGAUCUUCGUGGACAUUGCUCCACCUGAUUGCAGCUACGUACCCAGAACACCCUACGACCAAAGAGCAGGCUGACAUGAAACAGUUUGUGAAACUCUUUGGAAACUUCUACCCUUGCUGGUUCUGCGCUGAUGACUUCAAGAAAUACAUGGUUUCCAAUGAACCUGAAACGGAAACCCAGGACUCGCUUGGCAAAUGGCUCUGUGGAGCACAUAAUGAGGUCAACAAAAAACUCGGUAAACCGCAAUUUGACUGCACCUUAUGGAAAAAAAGAUGGAAAGAUGGAUGGGAUUAG